AGCUGCCGAGGGACGGGGAGGGGGGAAGGCUUGUCUGUGUCAUGGCCGCGACAGCCCUCGGGUGGGAUGGGCUCUGCUGGCUCGGGCCGCUCUGUAGAGUCGGGAGCGGGCCGCGACAGCUGGGCGCGACCCGCCUCAGGGCGCCGCUGCCCGCUGCGGGGCGGGCAGGUAGGGGUAGGCCCGUCACCCUGUGCGAGGUGGUCCCUUCCUAGCUGAGGGCAGCGGUUGUGGAGGCAGGGCCUCUCUUCAGUGAGGCCUGAUGGUAAUGAUCCCGAACGAGCGGUGUAUGUUGCUCUUCAGGAGCUGGGAAGCUCUCUGCCUCGGCUGUAGGCUUCCAGUUUUGGACGGGAUGAUGGGAUCUGUAGCUGCACUUCAGGCCUGAUUUUUCCAUUUCAUUCAUGCUGGGUGCGGACAGUUUUGCUCUUCUACAGUUUUUGAGUCAGGUAUAUCCUCUUCAGAAGUUAUUGUGCAUGCUUAGUUUUGUUUGGUGCCAAUUUCUGUGUGUGUCUCAAUAAUUGUUUAUAUUUUGGUGCGUUGUCACAGCCUUCCAAUGGAGAUAAAAGCAGUUGUCAGAAGAUAUGAAACAAGAAAUAAGACAACAGGAACAGGACUGUCAUCCAAAUCCCGAGUUGAUUGGAGACGCACUAGGAGGGAGCUCAUACUACUUGACAGCGAUGAUGAAUCCUCACGUACCUCUGAGGAGGAAGAGGCUACCACAUCAGAAGAUGAAGUAGAUGAAAAAGAUGAAGCUGUUCUGAAGAACAGCUUUUCGGAUCAGGAAAAGAAAAGCCAUGACGGGGAAGUAACAGAAGAUGGUGAGGAUGAGUGCAUCAUGCCUGGAAAGCGUAAAAGGUUGAACACCUCUGUCUUGUAUGACAGUGAUGAAAGUGAGGACAGUGAUAUACUUGUUAGAAAAGUUUUUGCUAAACGCCGCUGUAUAAUGGAUGAAGAUGAGAGUUCUGAAGAACAGCAGCCUGAUAAAACCUGCUCUACAGAAAAUGUUUCUACUAAUAGGAAACAGAAAGUGUUUGCAAAAUUGAAAGAACUUGCAACACGAAGAGCAACUCGGAGAUCCUGCAGCAGUGAAAAUUGUGAGGAUUCUGAUGAUGAUGCAGAAGUGGAAUCACUCUGUCACUUGUCCCUCACACCAGCAGAAGGUAGUGAAACUGACAGUGACAGCAUGAAAGAUUUUAUAGUAGAGGAAGAGGAAGAUGAUGAUGAUGACAACACAGAGCACAUAAAGAGUGAAAACCAGCCACAACAGAAGGAACUAAAUACAUCGAAUAGCGAGUUGCUGGCAUACUACAUCCCACGCUUAUCUCGCUGUGAUCAUUCUGUACACUUUAAAAGAAUAGUAAAGGCUUUCCUCAUAAAUGCAAUUGAUGACACUUUUCUGAGCUCAUUAUAUGAUGGAACAAGACAAAAGCAGUAUGCGCAAGAUAUGUUGCUCUCACUCCAUUAUUUGGAUGACCGCUUCAUUCAGCCUCGUCUUGAGAACUUAAUCUCUAGAAGUCGCUGGAAAGAUCGAUACAAGGAGCGUGUGGAUUGUUACCCAGAUGUUCGCAUCAUCUUGAAAAAUCCAAAAAAUAUGUCUUGUCAGGCGUGUGAAUUGAAUCGCUAUUGCAAGUUUAAUGUGCUGCUCUCUGGAAAGCUUUAUAAUAGUAGAACUUUGGAAGCAGAUGACUUCAUGUCAGAUGACAAGCAGGAGGUAUAGAAGGUAAAUUCCUUUUCUUUGUGAGUGUAAAAGAAUUUCUGAAUACAGCUGAAGUUCCUCACAGUAUUUGCUGAAAAGUGUCAGGACAAGUUUUAUUUACAAUACAUGUUGAAAUGGAGUAUAAUAGGAUUUCUUAUAUAAAAAUAAAGUGAAGCCCUCAUCAGACUGGAAGUGCACCUUACUGAAGCUCAAGCCUAUAUUGUUUGGAUCUUUGCAAAUAUUCCACCUUAGAAAUUUGAGGGGCAUCAGUGUGAUUAUCAUUAUGUCAUAUUGGGCUCUGCGCGUAAUGGAGAAUCUAGGAAAAUUUAUGCCACGUUUUUUCUCAAAUAGAUUACGGAUCCUUCUGAGCAGCAGUUGUUAAUACACUGUUUUGGUAAGUCUGUGUGUGCGUGAUAGUCAAGAGAGCAAGGCUUUUCCAGCAAAGGCUUUUCCCCUAGUUUAUUGCAGGAAAACAGUAAGUCCUUGGCAAUCAUACUAGCACUGAUACUGCAGUCCGUCGUACAGUUAUUGUUUUUCCUUACAUACGGGUCUCUAAAUAUAGAUCACUAAUUUAAAAAUUUUCAUUUUUUCAUGGGAAGUGUGUGCCUUACCUAACCAGAAGUAAUAAGUGAACUAGCACAAGAAUUUAAUCUUUACUCAACUUCCAACUUAACUGUGGAAAUAGCAGCAGCAAUUCCCUCACUGCUGUCCAAACGUUGUCCUACAUAAAGCGUUGACUAUCAUAGAAUCAUAGAAUGGUUUGGGUUGGAAGGGACCUUAAAGAUCAUCUAGUUCCAACCCCCCUGCUGCGGGCAGGGACACCCUCCACUAGACCAGGUUGCCCAAAGCCUCAUCCAGCCUCGUCUUAAACACUUCCAGGGAUGGGGCCUCCACAACCUCUCUGGGCAACCUGUUCCAGUGCCUCACCACUCUAACAGUAAAGAAUUUCUUCCUAACACCUAAUCUAAAUCGACCCUCCUUCAGCUUAAACCCAUUACCCCUUGUCCUGUCACUACACUCCCUCAUAAACAGUCCCUCACCAUCUCUCCUGUAGGCCCCUUCAGGUACUGGAAAGCUGCAAUUAGAUCUCCCCAGAGCUGCCUUUUCUCCAGGCUGAACAAUCCCAACUUUCUCAGCCUGUCCUCAUUGGAGAGGUGCUCCAGCCCUCUGAUCAGCUUCGUGGCCUCCUCUGGACUCGCUCCAACAGCUCCAUGUCUCUCCUGUCCUGGGGCCCCCAGAGCUGGACGCAGUACUCCAGGUGGGGUCUCACAAGAGCGGAGUAGAGGGGCAGAGUCACCUCCCUCGACCUGCUGGUCACACUUUUUGUGAUGCAGCCCAGGACACGGUUGGCUUUCUGGGCUGCAAGUGCACACUGCCAGCUCAUGUUGAGCUUCUCAUCAAUCAAUACCCCCAAGUCCUUCUCCUCGGGGCUGCUUUCAAUCCAUUCCUCACCCAGCCUAUAGUCGUGCUUGGGAUUGCGCCGACCCAUGUGCAGGACCUUGCACUUGGUCUUGUUGAACUUCAUGCGGUUCGCACAGGCCCACCUCUCGAGCCUGUCAAUGUCCCUCUGGGUGGCAUCCCUUCCCUCCAGCAUGUCGACCACACUGCACAGCUUGUUGUCAGCAAACUUGCUGAGGGUGCGCUUGAUCCCGCUGUCCAUGUCGCAGACAAAGAUGUUGAACAGUGCUGGUCCCAGUACUGACCCCUGAGGAACACCACUCAUCACUGUUCUCCACUUGGACAUUGACUAUUUUUUACUUUGGGAAAAACUUGACAUAUCCUACUGAACAUUGAACUAACUUACUAGUUCAAUUUUGUCCUCUUCAUUUUAAGAGUAGAAAAUGAGAGCUUUUUUUGCCCUGUGGACCCCAGCAUCUGGUGAGAUGCCUGCUAUGUGCAUGCUCAGUAUAGCUCAGGGGCUGUAGAACAGACCCAGGAGAGAGUUACUGAGCACUUUCCAGUAAUUUUUGAUAGUGUCUUUGUAAUGCAACAUGCGUGUUCUUAUGGUGACCUGUAAUUUAGACAGCUUAAGGUACUGUUCUCAAGUAGUCUUUGAAGUUCUCCUGGCAAUGCGUUGAUCAACUUGUCCUGCGAAGUGGGAAAAAAGAAAGGAGGGGAAAAAAAUUAAAAAGGCACACAGAGCUACAUAAAACUAGCACUUUAAGAACUUAAUUGACUGAAAGAGAAGGCAGUUCAGCACUGGCAGAUCAGAUUGAAUGGAAACACGUAGUUGGACCAUUUUCUACAGUUUUAUUUGAAAAUACCCGAGAAAAGUGGAGAGAACAAAAACAGACCUCCAACCCUCCUCUUCUGCAUAAAACUUUCCUUUUCUCUCAUCUCUGAAGUAUUCUGCUUUGCCAGUAGAAAGAGAAGAGAAACAGCUGUUCGAGUUUUGCUUAGGCUUGCAGUGAUUGUUCUGAGUGUAGCUGCCAAUUCUCAUUCCUCCGUGGUCAGGGAGAUUUGAACAGUUUAGAGGUACAGAUGUCCCCCACACUUCUUUGCUCCUGUGUCACCUGGAUUAUAAACUGUUUUCCACACUCAGUCUUGGUGUUCUGCUUCUGUUUUUAAUCAUGCUUAGAGGACAUGAAUUCGGUCACUACAUGUUGUGCUAUUGUCAGGCUGUGCUCCUGCAUUCCGUACAAAGUGAUUUAACACAACUUUGGCUGAUAUGGCCAGCUUGAGUAGAUAAGUUAAGCAUUAGGACAGAGUCACUGAGAACUGCAAGGGGAAAAAAUCAGAGUGAGUACAGUACUGAGAUUCUUUCCAAAGCUGCAUUCUGGAAUAGCAUUGUAUUUUUAGACAAUCUUUCUUACUUUAAAAAUGCAACACGUAAUUACAUUUUAUGAUAUUUAGCUAUUUGCCUCUGGCAUUUCUCCAGUGUAGAAAUACUUUACACCUUGCACAUAAAUGAGCUGUGAAGCUCAUUGCCACAUGAUACUUUAGAAGCUAAAAGUGUUAGUGAGUCCCAAAAUGGAUUGGACAGGUUAUUGAGGAAGCUUCUUCCACACUAUGGAACGUCAUAGUUGUGAUGAUACAGACUAUCUUAACUGUUGACUGCUAGAAGCUGUAUGGUAAUGUUAUGAUUGUUCUGGUGUUUCUCCUGCAUCUUGUACUAACUUCCUAAGUAUCUCCUGCGAGCUGUUGUUACAGGGGAAGAACUGGGCCAUCAGUUUGAUGCAGAAUAGUUAUCUCCUGUUAUACAUCACAUAAUGUUCCAGAUGCCACACCUUGUUGCUCGUGAUACUUGGAAAAUUAUGACAUGGUCUAUGAAACACUUCAGUUCUUGAUUGUUUCAGUAUUUGAAAUGGCACUUCUGGAAAUUUGAAUGAAUCAAGGUUAUGCAUUAGUUAGUAGGUCUUGCAGUUCAGAAGCACCUAUAGCAGCAAACACAAGCCUUAGAUUUUUAGUAGGAGAGUAGGAAGUGGAGCUGCAUAUAGGUACAUGUGCAUGAUCAGUAGAGAUUUGCAAUAUAGUAAUAGGAAUUUUUUAUCUCAAGAUGGUUAAAAUUUCAGUUGAUAACCAUCUACUGUAAGCCAGAUCAAAAGUUCUUUUAAGUGAGCGUGUCUGUUGACUUCGGUGAUACUACAUCUGCUUACAUCAGUUGAGCUACUGGUGAAUAUAUUUAAUUUCUUAAUUCAUAUAUUUAAGAAAAUAUAUAAAUAAUACAUGUAAAUAUAAAAUUUGUUUAUAUAAGCUUUAUAAAUAUGAAUAUGCUUUUCUGUUACUGUCAUUGUCGGUAGAUACUGCUAAUGUGAGGUUGUACAGGUAGGUCAGGUGUUUUGGGUAAACCUUUGGUCAUGCAUUCAGAAAAGCUUCCUGAAAAUGCGGGUUGUAAGCAUUGAUUAAGACUUAAACUUCUUAUAAUGGAAAAGAGUAUUCAGAUUAUUACCAGUGGCAGCAAUAAAGGGUAUCACUGUUGUGGCUCAGAAGGAUCAUUUUGCAAUAUAUAUCAUGGUUGGUUUUUUGAUAUAUGUGCAUGUAAUCUGAAAUAGCAAUACAAUUGCAGUUCGCAUUACUGAUGCAAAGAGCUUUGACUUUUAGCCGUUUAUCUGGUUCUUACUCACAAAGGUGUGACAAGACAUCAGUCCAAAACAAUGCUGCCCCUGAAGGAUAAGUCAAUGAUGGUGGGGGUUUUUCAGUGAAACCAAAUCGGUUUCUCCUGUAUGUAUCAGGAGCUGAACUUCUUUACACUUGUAUUAAUUAUGUUGCUUUUGAAUGUAGAAAACCUGGUCUCUGAAAACCAGCCAGAUGAUAGAGAUUUCCUACCUGACAGGCUUUGUCUCCAUGGGUCGGAGUAGUAACCUGUGGGUCAUUUACAGGGGAUAGAUUUCUCUUCUGAUUUGCCAUUCUAUGUACUUGAACUACUUCUCUUGUGGAAAUGGGACAAAACUUACUCCUGUGAAACACAGGAUGUCCUUAAAUGCAGAUGAACUUUGAAUCUUUCUCCCUCACCACACCUCAGAUUUCACAUACUCUUAGUGAAGAUUUAGGAUUGCCAAAGAAUCUCGUAACCAGUAUAUUAGUCAAUACUUUCAGGUAAACACCUUCACCACUUAACAUCUUUGUAUAAAAUCUGAGUUCAAGGCAUGUGCAAAUACUUACCUGUAUUUAAUGUUAGUGCUGAUAGAUGAUAAUGAAUCUACACUAUUCCUUGCUCUGAUUAUGUAUUUGCAUGUGUAUUUACUACUUGUUUAUCUAUAAAUACUGCUGCAAAGAAAACUGUUAAGUAAGACAGUUCUGCCUUUUCUGCAUGGAAACUGUGGAAGUAAAACUGGUAAUAACUGGGAGAUGCAGAGGCUUUGAUUUCUGCAGCAUUAUGGCCUAGCUAUACCUCCCAGACAGUUACAGAUUAACAUUUGCAUUGUAUAAAACCUCAGGUUUCAGGGUUUAUUUUUAUGAAAUCCAGUCUCUCUCUAUUAAAUAUGUUUCUAGGCAUAUAUUUAUAUUCAUAUGUAUUUAUUGAAAAAAUCUUGAAUGUUACGCAUUCUGCAAAGUGCUAGAACUGGUGUUUCAUGUCCCUAUGAAGUACUACAUAUUAAGCAAAAGUAAUCAAAUAAUUUCUCUUCCUCUGCUUUCACAAUAUGAUGGUUGUCUAAAAUGCUGGUGAUUUUGUAACAAAGUUCCACCAGGAGAUAUGAAAGAUACUACCAAUGAUAAACAUGGUUGCGCUGGCAAGAAAACAGUACUGAUAAGCUGCCUUUGCAUAGACUUGCUGGCUGCCUGCUUGCUCAAAAAUUAUUCUGCUGUGGCUGUGAAAACUACAUGGUUUUGUGCUGAUUUUAUGCAUGCAGUGUCAUUCUGUUUAUUUCAUUAUUCAAAAAUUCUUACUAGACUGACUGAUAAAAUCUUACUAGACUGACUUAGCUGUUGUUUAUAAUGUCAAGAUAAUCACAAUUGUAUCAGAGAGAAUGAUUUGU